AUGCAGCUAGGCACUGGAAGGGUGUUACAGCCGAACGAUUAUAUAUUUUUAUUCUACCAGUUAACAGUUGAUGUGCAUUUUCUUGCUCCGCACUGUUCCGCAGUUGGUUUCGUUAUCAUCAUUAUCAUCGACAGCAUGACAUCUGUGUUCAAUACCGAUGUCUCACUGCCGUACAACCAUGAUUUAUUUGAAAGCUUUAUUGUGAAGAAUAAAGCUGAAUAUGCUGCACACAGGCCGUCUCAUGAUUCAGUUGGCACGAUAUUCGAGAUAUCGCAGUAUAUUUUCAUAAGGGAAACUACUCACAAGGUUGCUGAAAAUGUUCCACCAUCCUUCUAA